GAAAAAUCUUUCUUUUUUUAUUUAAAUCUUAAUGAAAUUAUAGUGAAAUUCUGUGUAAUUUAAGUACAAUUUUAUUAAGUUCAAUUAACUAUGUAUACUUUGCUAAAUGGUUUCUAUAAAUAUUUAACACAAAAAGAUGAAUAUUGUGUGGUCAUCUUGGGUCUGGACAAUGCUGGCAAGACGACUUAUUUGGAAGCAGCUAAAACAAAAUUUACGAAAAACUAUAAAGGCAUGAAUCCCAGUAAAAUAACAACGACCGUGGGCCUAAACAUUGGCACCAUAGAUGUGCAAGGGGUGCGUUUGAAUUUUUGGGAUUUGGGGGGACAAUAUGAACUGCAAUCGUUGUGGGAUAAGUAUUACCAAGAAUCGCAUGCGGUCAUCUAUGUGAUUGACUCGAAUGAUAGAGAUCGUAUGGAGGAAUCAAAAGUUAUUUUUGAUAAAAUGAUACAAAAUGAUUUACUCUCGGGUGUUCCUUUGCUGAUAUUGGCUAAUAAACAAGAUUUACCUGAUGUUAUGGGUGUCAGAGAUAUAAAACCAGUAUUCCAACAAGCGGGCGGUUUUAUUGGCCGACGUGAUUGUCUUACCAUACCGGUAUCUGCUCUUACAGGCGAAGGUGUAGAUGAAGGCAUCAAGUGGCUGGUUGAAGCCAUAAAACGACACUCUCUAGUACGACCACCCCGCGUGAACGACUGAUGAUAGAUUUGUAAUUUUUAUUUUUUGCGAGAAAUGAAAAGUUCUUUUAUUUUAAUAAGCUUUUAUUUUUAAUUAGCUUUAUGCUAAACUAUAUUCCAGAUUAUUUUCUACUUCUUUUUUUCUUUUGUAAAUGUACAAAAUGUAUUUUAAAAAAAUCAUAUAAACGAAUCUUUAUAAAUUAUAUGGAAUUUUGAAAAACAAA